CUUCUGAAGAACGCUGCCCAGAGUCUGGUCGAGGGAGCAGUAGAAGAAGUUAUGGUGUAAGAAAGGUGUAAGAAAUUCAAAAGACCACAGCAACUCAUUAGGUUAUAUGGAUGCAGGGUUAGGGACAUUAAACAACCUACAGUCUAGUCCUUUCCUCAUUAAUAGUUCGGAGAACUGGAUCGUGCUGCGCCACCCAUUUUAUUUAUGUCUUCAUGCGAAGGCAGUCCUCACCGACUUACCUUAGAAGCUAAUGUAACUCUAUACCCAUUCGCAGAGACUGACCACGAGGACAGGCAGCCAUGAUACCUAUACUAGACGCUGCACCUGGUGGGAAGGGAGACCAGGAAGUCCUUGGUGGGAAAAAAAUAAACGAAAAGCGCCGCCCCUGGAGGGAAGGGAGGCAGGCUCCUCUGAGAGGACAACCGCCCGAGCCUGGUGGGACGAGAUGCCGCCACCUCCGAGAGGGGACUCGGACACUACACGCUUAGCCCCAGGCGGGGCGCAAUCAAUGAAGCGCCGCCACGCUUUGCCGCGAGAGGUGCGCCGCGAAUGGUGCGCAGCAUGGUGGAGGCUGGGGCGCGUGGGGCUCCUGUCUGUGCUAACUAGGGAGAUGCCUGAAGGCGGCAUACUGGCGUGGCUGGUGGUGAUUCCUCCGGGGAUGCAAGAGAACGAGAGAGAGACGGCCAGCCCGGGGCGUCCUCCUCCAUUGCGUGCCAGGGCCUUGGCCCUCUUGAUGAGAUGAACCGCCAACGGCACAGCAGGAGCGGGGUGCGCGUUUGGGGCACAGCAGAAGCGGGGGGCUCUGUGCCCCGUUUCUUCUGGGUAUCCAAGGCGAGGAGAGCCCCCCCCAGCCUCGGCAGGCCAGUGCCGCCUCGUUUCCUUCCAGAGGAAGGCAAAAGGGCAACGCCAUGGCUGUGAAGCCGUGACGAGGAGGCUCGGCGGGCUGGUUGGCCGCCUUGGAUAGUUGCUCCCUCGGCCCGUGUCGUGUGGUGUGUGCGGUCUGAUGGCUUGCCUCGCCCCCUUCGGGAUCCGACCGCCCCCCGGGGGGGUCGAGAACAAGAUCACCCCCUGUCGAGGUCUACGGGGAAACCGAUGGGGGGGGCUGUGUUCAGCCACCCUCAGUUUCCUGGCCUUCCCGCCCGCCCCUGCCUCUGGUUCGAUCGUUGGGUCGCUACUGGUCUCCCUGCAAAGGCAACCGGGGGGCCCGUGGCUGCCGGGAGACCACUGGAGACCCCACAGGAGGUCAAGGAGGCAGGGGCGAGAGGGUUGGGGAAACUGAUGUGGGUGGAACGCAGCCCCUCCGCGGUUUUCUUGUGGGCCUCUAUAGAGGGCGUCCUCGACCUUAAACUGCCCCCGCCCCUCCGCCUUCUUCUUUUGAUGGUUCGACGCGCCCUCCUCGCUUGCGGUCGUUGUGGAGAGUGGACCCCAACCACGGACCCGCACACCGCUCGCCAAUGUUGCCCAGCCCCUGGGGGGCAGACAACGCGCCAACCGUACACAGAGCUGACCUCUGGCUCUGGUCGCUCCGCUCUGGUAGCUGAACGGAGGAGGCCAAGGCGGGCCCCACCUGGUCACCUGUGGCGGGGCGUCUCUGAGUGAUGAACGCCUGCCGCGCCGCUGGCUCUGCGGCUGGAGUUCUUCCACGGCCAGUCUGGAACACGCGCGGGCGCGCGCGUGACGGCAAGGCCCCCCACCUGGCCUCGAGUUCUCCUGGGGACAGACUGAACACGGGCAACGCUCAACCUUGCACAGCAGCACUGCGCAAGGCCCCACGCGUUGACCAGUCCGCCCCCUUACAUACGUACGCAUCUAGAUUAGGCAUUGCUUCUAGCUAAGCGUAGGGCAAUGCUGUGAGUGUAAAAGGCGACACGCUGGUCGUAAAUUAAUUCAGUACUAAAAACAGUGGAUUUUUAUUAUUCUAUUUACGAACAUCAAUAAAUACGAAGUGUUCUGCCUAACACUGCAGAGUAGCUCUUUCUCGGAUGAGCAGAUUCGGUUGCAUUUCUUUUAGCUACUUCAUAAAAGAAGUACAUUGCUUGCCAUUCUGGUGCGCAUGCUUUGAGAGCCGUCUGGUGGUCUGAGAUUCAAUCUCGGAUAACUUGUACUUGUUGAUAAAACGCGAUCAGUUCAAUUUUCCCCCGUAUUUCUACUUCUCUGUUUUUACAACGGGGGAGGCUCGAUGUGAAAGAUCCCUAGUAGCCUAGCCUUUACCACUGGGGAACAAAAAGUAGGAAAAGACUACCACAUUGCUUCUUGUGGAUCUAGUGGGGAGUACUUAUUAAAAAAACAAUUUACAUUUAUUGGUAAUAUUAACUUGUUGCAUUAAGUAUGUAAUUGUCCUUUGUCAUCCUUCUUCAUCUUUCUUGUCGGGAAAGAGAAUUUGUCGGCCUUCGUAAGCAUGAUUGAGGACCGCGCGUGCAACCUUUUCUCGAACCUGAUGUCAGCUGCGGUUCAAAAAUUCGUUAUGGCUGGUCUCCUACUGAUGUGGCCCUCGCUAGUGGAGUUUCAAUUUCUUUGGUUACAUAAUAUUGCACUGCUCCUUCUGCUUCAAAGCUUAUUAAGUAAUAUUGUGGAGUAGAUUUUUGACUACCUAAGCCUCUAAGGCUAGCAGGAUUAUUAAAUAGUAUUGCGCUUGUCGAAGUCGAACAAGUCGAAGUCGGCUGACAUUCUGUCUCUACGGUCGUGGCCACGGAUGGCCAUUACGAUAACAGAGGCACUCGCAUGAAAUUUCGUUCAUUUCUUCUCCCAGUUGACACUAGUUUUCAGUAUGAAAAAAUAGUGUAUCACAUUACGCAGUAUGCCUUUGUUCCUUUACUCAGACCACUCAUCUCAAGAACACUGAGACCGCCUUCUGGUACAACUUGUUAGUCCAGCUUUUUACAGUAAGAAACCGGGACUACAACAACUAGGACGUCUCUUGCAGUUAUACCUUACCACGCUUACCACAUCAAGGGCCCUGGCGCAGCAGAAUACGGACAGGCUGCGGCCGUCUGGCAGGCGAGCCCACGUCUAUCCUAUCUACUUAAUAUCCUUUCUAAUGUAUUGAAAUUGGUACCCGGGGUUUUUCUUCCGGUGGUUCACAUAAUCGACUCCGCAAUUCGACCCAAGAUCAAGGAAGUGCUUGAGUUAAGCCAUUGA